AUGGCAGCUAUUCCGGCGCCUAACGGUGGCUCCAGUCGUGAUUCCACCAUUGGCCCACUUGUGCCUCUUGAAAUUCUCCAAAAUCAACGUCGAGGCUCUAUCACCGACCCCUCCCUUCAUGCCACACCAAGGCAAAGCGUCAAUCCCCACUUUUUCAGGCCAGAGAAGGCUGACCCACGGCCUGCAUCUCCCUAUGUCUUUGGCUCGGCUACCCAUGAUAACCCACAACUUCGUAAACUCCUACGAUCUCCGUCUCCCGACAAUCCUCCUGCUUCCUCUUCCCGUAUACGGUCCGACUCGUUCCGUCCAUCUGGCGCUGAUGCCAUGAAUGUCGACGGUCGAAAUGAAUUCGACUACAGCAUGAGACGGCAUUCAAUUGCUGUUGGCCAUGACAGACAUACCCGUUCGCCUUCUCUUUUAGCAGCCCCUCAUGGGCUCAAACGCAAAAUGUCUGCCGAUCCCACUGGCUUCCCUACUUUGGGGGAAGAAAGUGAAUCUCGUUUGUCUGCUAUGGAGGUUGAUCAAGCCGCCCCAGCCCCCAAACGACGAGGUUCAGCUAUCGAUACACAACGCAUAGCUCAGCUCAGUUUAAAUGACCGUCGUGAGUCAAUUGAUUCACGGCCACCACAAUGGUGGAGCAACGAUAGAAGAGACUCGACCUCGUCAAUGUUCUCAAAUGUGUCUAGUGUGGGAGGCUACAGCUCAAGUGCUGACUCUCCUCACGCUCGUCCCCCGCCUGGCAUUGCUACAUUCGCAUGGCCGUCAGCAGACCACCCUACAGCUCCACACAGAGACAUCGACCAAAACAUACCAGUGCCACCAAUCCCAGACAGGCGAAUGUCUGUUCCUGAUAUAAGACGACCCUUGCGCACUCACUCUCGUCCACCCUCUCGACGAAAACACAGUCCAGAAAAUCACUCCGGUCCGUCAUCCGGCCAAGAAGAUCCCGCGCCUGCUUCUCCAACAGGCUCGGGAAGACACUCGAAAGAAUCCAGUGCGACUCCUUAUUCACGCUCACCGGAGUUGCGCGUCUCGCAUAAGCUUGCUGAACGCAAGCGACGAAAAGAGAUGAAGGAGUUGUUUGAUGAGUUACGGGACCAGCUUCCUGCAGACCGGGGCAUGAAAGCUAGCAAAUGGGAGAUUCUCAGUAAAGCCAUCGACUUUGUUACUCAACUCAAGCAAAGUCAUCAAGAUAUGUCGAGGGAAGUCGACAUGCUACGACGAGAGCUGGACACUCUUCGCUCGUAUCAAGGUCGGCCGAUGGCUAAUAAUGCGCCUCUUUCCCGACCAGGAUCGGCCCAAAAAACCUUUUCUUCUGUGGCAAAUGGAAAUACUCAUAGAAGCGACUGA